CUUUGUUCAUUUCUGGUAUUCUGGUUCUGUGAAAAACAAAAUUAAACAAAACCACAGAAACCCUAAAAAUAAAUAAAUGAGAUUUUCAUUUUGAUUCGAUAAACCCUGAUAAAACCCUUGAUCAGUGGAUGCCAGUUUCACAGGAGAACAACAUGGCUACACCGUUUAUUGCAGGACUUACUGUAGCUGCUGCUGCUCUUGCUGGUAGAUAUGGUGUUCAAGCUUGGCACGCGUUCAAAACACGACCAGCAACAGCUAGAAUGCGGAAAUUCUACGAUGGUGGUUUUCAACCGACAAUGACGAAGAGAGAAGCAGCUCUUAUUCUUGGCCUCAGGGAGAGUGCACCUCCAGAUAAAGUUAAGGAAGCACAUAGAAAAGUGAUGGUGGCUAAUCAUCCAGAUGCUGGAGGAAGCCAUUAUCUUGCUUCCAAAAUUAACGAAGCUAAAGAUAUGAUGCUUGGAAAGACAAAGAACAGUGGAUCGGCAUUUUGAUACGACCAAAGUUUCUGCAAGUUUACCUUUAUCAAAUUUUAAUUUUAAAAAGAGAGUUUUAUUUUAGUUUGUGUUUUGUUGUUACCCAUUAAAAGUUUAUGGUGUUGAUUAUCAUGGAAAUAGUAACUCAAGUGUACCCCUUAUUGAAUCUUUGUAAAACCCAGAGAUUCUGAUGGAGAGUCCAUGCGUUCGAGUUAGGAUGGAAAGUGUUUCACACCCUCUUUGAAGAAUUAAAGUGAAGCUCCUACCACUAGAUCGUGGCGAAAGGUGCAUUUGGGUUGGUGGAUAAAGCUUCAGCGGGUGUUGACAGGGGUGAAAGAAGCUCAUUUGUUUCAAGUAUGAUGAACACAAAUGAUAGUUUCUUGCUUUAUUACUUCCACUCCUAGAAAUUGUAUUCGUGUUGCUCUUGCUUUAUUACUUCCACUUCUAGAAAUUGUAUUCGUGUUGCUCUUGGUUCCAGUUUGCUUGUAAUUUUCUUAUCUGCAGAAACUGUAGACUGAUUUGUGCAGCCAGUAAAGCUUGGCUCUGCUUAUUAAUGGUAAUUGUCAGUAAAAAUGAGCUUGAGAAAUA